UCUCCUCGUCGCAGCACUCAUCUACGCUCAACAAUGAAUGUACUGAGACUGUGCAUCGUAAUUGCUAUUAUCGCCAUUUGUCAUUGCAAAGAAGAAGCGAAAUCUUUCGGCAUCACAGAAUUCAGAAACGCCGAUGACACGGAACGUAUUCGUCGGUCUCUGUCAAGGAGUUCGUUAGACCAGGAUGAGAAACAAGAAAUUGUGGAUAUCCAUAACACUCUAAGAAAGUCUGUUGAGCCGCCGUCUUCGAAUAUGCAACACAUGUUUUGGAAUGACCAGCUUGCUGACAUGGCUCAAACAUGGGCGGAGGGAUGUAAAUGGGAGCAUGGUCAGCCAGAAAUGACAGAAGAUCCCGAAUACAUUAGUAUAGGUCAAAACAUGUGGAAAGGAGGACAUACGAGCGUACCGCGUGCUACACAAGCGUGGGACAGUGAGCGGAAGUUUUUCCAUUACCAAGAUGCUUCGUGUGAUGACAAUCAAAUGUGUGGACAUUACACUCAGGUCGUGUGGGCAACAUCCAAAGAUGUCGGGUGUGGCGUUGCAGACUGUGGUACAUACAAUAUGAUAGUGUGCAACUAUGGACCAAGGGGCAAUUACGCUGGUGCACAGCCUUAUAAAACCGGGGUGUCAUGUUCUGAGUGUCCAGUUCCAAGUUGGUGUUACGAAGCACUUUGCAUGCCUAGCUGUCCUGAUACACGGGAUAAUGAAUGUGAGUGUAGUAUUAAAUGCGACCAUUGCGGGAUACGACAUGAGAAUAACUGUAGUUGUACAUGUGCUACUGGCUGGAUGGGUCACUACUGUACUGAUCAGUGUGGUAACAUAGAUGACAGAUGUGCUAAUGGCUGGUAUCCUAACUGGUGUGACGAUCCCAAACACAAAUUCGUUUCCAACAAAUGUCAAAUGAUGUGUGGAAUUUGUGAACCAUUGCCAGAAGGCACAACGGAGCCAGUAUGUUGUGAUGGUAAACAGUGUGGAAAUAAUGGCGACUUAAACGCAGCUACGUGUACUUGUGAAUGUACAAAUGACUACUCUGGAGACUUGUGUGAGAUCCCUGUAGAGAAGUCUGGCAAGAAAAUUAUUCAAGAUGACGACACGAAUAUAUCCCGAUCUGCUGAAGUAACAUCCUAUACGAGCUGUAUAGCCUUGCUGGUAUUACUUGUCUCCAUUUGUCGAAUUAUUGAAUAAAUGUCGGAUGUGUA